AUUUUUCCACUUCCGUUUGUGUUUUGGUUCAAGUCUUCAAGACAAGAUCUUGGUUGUGUUUCAAGUGUUCAUUGACUUCUGCUCCCUCUACAGGGUUUUUCUCCUUAACCUCCUUGUGGGUUCAAAGAUUAUUACCAAAGUGGAAGGGGAACCGCCGGAGUGAGGUUUUCAGAUCAGUGAACUGUAACUCCGCCAUUAUCUCUCCAUUUUCUUUGGUUUUUGUACUUUGGGGUUCCAUGAAGGUUGAGGGAAGAUGUUUAAGUCGAAGAUGAGAUGGGUUGCUCUCGUUGGACUUGUUCUCUCUGUUUUCUCUUUAUGUACUCAUUUUUUUCUUACUUUGUAUACUGGGAAGAACAUUUCUGUGUAUCAGGCUUCAAUCAGAAUCUUCAGUUGGCGACCCAUCUUUGAGAAUGCAGAUCUUAGCAGAACUAGUUCAAUGUAUAGAAGAUUAUGGGGUCCUGUUAGGAAUCUUGAGUCUAUACUUCCACAUGCAAAUCCCAGAGAAAGCUAUGAAGCUCCUGGGUCACCAACCAAUGGCUUUAUAUUCGUUAGGAUUCAAGGAAGUUUCCAUGAGAUCAGGAAUUCGAUUUGUGAUGUUGUGGUUGUUUCUCGCCUUAUGAAUGCAACAUUAGUAAUUCCUGAACUCCAGCCCACCACAAGCAGCAAAGGAAUUAGCACUGACUACAAGAGUUUUGCGUACCUUUACAAUGAGGAUCAGUUCACAGUAGCAUUAGUGAAGGAUGUCAAAGUUGUAAAAAGCCUUCCAAGAAAUCUCAAGAGGGCGAGGAGAAGAAAGGAAAUACCCGUGUUUAGAGUGCCUAACUCAGCUUCUCCAGAUUUUUAUCUGAAAUAUGUUCUCCCAGUACUAAAUCGGCAUUCAGUGGUUGAACUAGUUGUUUCUGAUGGUGGCUGCUUGCAGGCCAUUCUUCCACCCCAUCUUGAAGAGUACCAGAGGCUGCGAUGCAGGGUUGCUUUUCAUGCUCUUAGUUUUCGACAGGAGGUCCUGGAGCUUGCCACAAAAAUUUUAAAUAGGAUGCGGGCUCCCGGAAGACCAUUUAUAGCCUAUGAUCCAGGGAUGACUCGAGAUGCUCUGGCAUAUCAUGGUUGCUCUGAACUGUUCCAGGAUGUACAUUCUGAACUGAUUCAGCAUAGAAGAUCAUGGAUGAUAAAACGUGGGAUUGUGAAAGGCAAGCUUCUUGUGGAUUCUGUGAAGCAACAUCGUAAUGGCUCAUGUCCUUUAAUGCCGGAGGAGGUUGGCAUUCUUCUUCGUGCAUAUGGGUACUCAUCAGACACAGUAAUAUAUAUCUCAGGGGGUGAAGUAUUUGGAGGCCAGAGGAUACUGAUUCCUCUGCAUGCAAUGUUUGAAAAUGUUGUUGACAGGACAUCUCUUUGCACUGUCAAGGAGCUUACUAGAAUAUAUGGGCCUGAAACCCACUUGGUUGACAUUUCUCAGCAAACCCCUCCUGUUGAAGGAGAAACAAAGCUUGAUAAAUGGACAACAUCAGGUCCACGUCCUCGUCCACUGCCACCUCCUCCUGCCAGACCCAAAUCAUACAACAUCGAGGGUUGGUGGGGUUGGGUAGCUGAGAGCGAUAAUGAACCUCAGAGUACAGUUAUGGAGCUUAGAAUCAAUGCUCAUAAACUACUAUGGGAAGCAAUUGACUAUGUGAUUUGUGUUGAAGCCGAUGCAUUCAUCCCUGGAUUUGAUCAUGAUGGCAAGGGACGGCCAAAUUUUGCAAGCCUGGUGAUGGGCCACAGGCUCUACCAAUCAGCUGAAUCAAAAACAUACAGACCUGACAGAAAAGAAGUUGUCAAGCUUUUAGACGAAAUACGGGACCAUUUAUAUCAAGCGAAUCGUACCUUGUUGACAUCAAUACGCAAGCAUCUCACUAGAACCAUAAUUGAUGGGUUAACAGAAGCAUCCACAAGAUCAAAGCCAUUAUCUUUUCUCACACACCCAGUCCCAGAAUGUUCAUGCUUGAGGUAUGACACUUCAGAAGCACCAUCACAUACUUUAAGUCCUUCAAAUGAUUCACAAGUUCAGGCUGCUCUUGGAGUUGAAUAUCCCUGCCCUGCUUGGAUGGACAGUGACAUGAUCUCACAUUCACCUAAGGAUAAUGAAUACGAAGAGGACCUCAAUGAAGAAGAUCCUACCUCUAAGUGGUUUGUUCAGCAUAGCAGUAGUCAUGAAAUUGGUAGUGUUAACCCAAAUAAGGAAGAAGGCCAGAUGGAGGAUCAAGAAGAGCUUGAGAGUGGAGAAAGAUGAGAAGAUUAUAAUUUUUUUUUUUUUUUUUUGAGGGAAAUAGAAGAUGCUAAAUUAAGACUAACCUUUGCAGCCAUGGCCAAUGUAUAUAUAAACAUAUUUAAUUUCAUAUCCAUAUCCAAGAGCUUAGGAGGUUGGGAGAAAUCUUGGUCUCCACAGGAUAAAAGAAUGCUAUUAGGUUCUAA